AUGGGACAAAAUGAGAGUCAAUUUUCUGAAGAGGAAGAGGAUAAGGGUCUGUCUUACGGUCGUCAAUACAGGGCUAAGUCAACGUUUGUUACGUCUGAGGUUACAGCAGCAUCCCCCAAAAGGAGGAACAAACGGCGGUCCCUCCCAACACACAUCGCAGACAUAGUCCAUCUGGCAGCGAAGUCACCAUCCCGACACAGAAAGGAACUGGGCGCAAGACGGCGAUCUUCUGCUUCCGUGCUAGCACCACCUUCCGGUGGCUCCUUGACGUACUUAUCUUCUAUGUCCGAAUGUGACGAAAAUGAUGCCAAUUUGACGUUCCAAUGUUCUUGUAGCUUUAACAGAGAACUGACUUUGGAGAAUUCACAUACCCACAGUCAUCGAAAGUUUGGUUAUUCCAAUCCAGCGAUGUCAUAUGAAGAUUUUGACAUUGUUGGUGAAAGUUCGGAACAUAGGUUUCCAUGGCAGCGGGAUAUAUCGGUGCAGUGUUGUAUUGAAGGCCACGGCGUGUUCAGGAGAAAUUUAUCAAGUAACUGUAUCGAAAAUUCCUCAGACUUGAAUUCUUUCCUCUCCAGAAACAGGACAUCUUCUCUAACUCGAUUAGAGAGUCCAUCUCAGACCCGUCCCCAAACCGCCAGCUCAACGUCCAGAGAGGAAACUGAGGAACCACAGUUAGGGAUCAUUGAGAAUGCAAUGCCAUCAACAGCUAAUAGCAGAGAAAGGUGUAUGGAGGCCCUGGGUAUGAUAAGUCCUCAGACUCACGCCCUUCGGUCCCCUCGGGUGUCACCCAUCACCAUCAAUGACCGAUCGGAGUCCCUCUUUGACUCGGACUCGGACCUUCAGCAAGAUACUUUAGUGGACAAGAGAGGUUCACCGAUAAAGAAGUGGGAGACAGAGAGUAUGAAGGCCUCAGACGACCACGAACCCUCUCCCUCCAACGUCAGACGAGGCAGGCGCGCGGCUGUCAUUGAUACAAAGAACAUUGGAGAUGUAUCGCCAACCAAUAUCUCUCCUGUCUCGUCGCCAUGUUCGUCUGAGGAUGAGGCAGACAGUGAUGUAUCCGAUCGUUUGGGUCCCCGCGGUUCGUUCGAUGUUAGCGUUAUUCCCAGUGAUUUUCUCCCGUACGAUCACAGCAACCUUCUGAUGAAGAGAAACACUAUAGCAGACUUUUCUGACCAUCGAAAAGGGAAAUCGUCAUUUAAUUUAAUCAAAAAAAUGAGAGCUAGAAGCAAAGAAUCCCUUAAUUCUUUAGAGGACUUACUACGCAAAAUGAAACCUACAGAAUUCAAAGACAAUCAUCUAUCUAUUUACAAGUCCCUACACUGGACGGACCUGAUAGCCAGUUCAGACAAGACACCUACAAACAUCGUCCUACCCGAAGAAGAACGGAAACGUCGUGAGGCGGUCUGGGAACUUUUCAAGGCAGAAUGUGUCUAUCUAAUUGAUCAUCUGAUGGUGUUAAAGCAUUGUUUCAUGGAACCCUUGAAAAAGUUGCAAGUAGAAGGCUACUUAAUGUUUGCCGAGCCGCAGGAUCUUCUUGGGAACUUGGACGAGUUAUGUUAUGUAAGCUACACGUUCUGUAAAGACUUCAUCGCGUCCCUUCUGAAGGACAUCAGCACGACUAGCUUCGGUAACACCAACGUUUUAAUCCAGUCCUUUGAGAGAUUCACCACUCACUCCCGGGACGGAGGGGUCUAUCACACCUACUGUCUGAAUUACACCAACGCUCUACCUUACCUACACCAACUCCGCAAAAACGAGGAGUUUGCCGAGUUUGAGAAGUGGUGUAGCCAGGAUCCUAGAUGUAACCGACUGAAGCUGACUGAUCUAUUGGUGGCGCCGCUACAACACUGUACAAAGUUCCCCUUACUGCUGGGAAAUGUCAAGAAGUACACAUCAGACGAAGAAGAAAAGAGUGCUCUAUCUGACCUCAUAGAAAAGGUCAACUCAUCAUUACAGAAAAUGGAAGAUAAAAUGAAAUGGGCCAAAAAUUUUGAAAGACUUGAAGAGAUACAAAAGCAGCUGAUAUGGCCCCCCGUGUCUGAUUUAGCCCCCAGGGCCUUCAUACCAGAGUUUCUCAAGUCCAGUUUACUACAACAACCAUGUGAAAACUUUCUGGCAACCCAGGACCGACAAUUGCUGUUCGAAGGAUAUGUCACUUUAUACGAAAAUGGUAAAGGUUUUGAUAUUUAUAUAUUUGUAUUCGAAGAUGUCUUGUUGCUGACAAAACCAAAGAAAAUCCAUAGAAAGAAACAUUCCCUGGACAGUUCAGCUAUGAUGGUUCAGACAAUAUUAGCCAAUGAGAAGAGGACUUACACGGUGUACAGACAACCAAUCGCUGUGGAUCGACUGUGUCUGUAUGACGUCAGUCCAGCAGAGGCUUCUGUAAAUGGGUUGAAGAAUGCCAUAGUGUUGGUGCAAUUUAAUCGUUAUCAUCAAAUAAUUGACGUCCUAACUAUACAAUGUGGUCAGGAGACAACCAAAAAUUCUUUGAUGGAGAGGUUGCAUGAAGCUAUAGGAAAUCAAAGAACGGCGUCCGCGUUGACAAGUCGGACGAAUUCCGUUUCCGACGUUCCACCCUGAACAGAGACUUCAGAUGGAGAUGCCCAUGUCUUUCAUUGUUAUCAACAUGUUAUGUACACAAACAUUCCUUAUUGUUUCCCUCUAUU